GCGGCCUGACCCCGCCUUCCGGUCCAACGCGGACCACCCGCUUCCGGCGCUAGUACCCAUGGCUGCAGGGGCGGCCGGGCCGGCGGAGUUGGGCUUCGCCGAGGAGGCCCCGGCCUGGAGGCUGCGUAGCGAGCAGUUCCCCAGCAAGGUGGGCGGGCGGCCGGCGUGGCUGGGCCUGUCGGAGCUGCCGGGACCCGGGGCGCUGGCGUGCGCGCGCUGCGGCCGCCCGCUGGCCUUCCUGCUGCAGGUGUACGCGCCGCUGCCCGGCCGCGACGACGCCUUCCACCGCAGCCUCUUCCUCUUCUGCUGUCGCGAGCCGCCGUGCUGCGCCGGCCUGCGAGUUUUUCGUAAUCAGCUACCAAGGAAAAAUGAGUUUUACUCAUAUGAGCCACCUUCUGAGACGGGAGCUUCAGACACUGGAGGAUUGGUUUGUCUCCAGCUUAAGUCCGGAGCCCAUCUCUGCAGGGUUUGUGGCUGCUUGGGCCCUAAGACGUGCUCUAGGUGCAGGCAGGCACAUUACUGCAGUAAGGAGCAUCAGACACUAGACUGGCGGCUGGGACACAAGCAGGCUUGUACAGAGUCAGAUCAUUUAAACCAGACAGCUCCAGACCACAACUUCCUAUUUCCAGAAUUUGAAAUUGUAACAGAAGCAGAAGAUGAGAUUACACCUGAGGCUGUGGAAAUGGAAGAUUAUUCUGAAGUUACAGGAAGCAUGGGGAGAAUACUUGAAGAAGAACUAGAUUCCAUGGCAAGGCAUGAAUCCAAGGAAGAUCACAUUUUCCAAAAGUUUAAAUCCAAAAUAGCCCUCGAACCAGAGCAGAUUCUCAGGUAUGGAAGAGGUAUUAAACCCAUCUGGAUUUCUGGUGAAAAUAUUCCUCAAGAAAAAGAUAUUCCAGAUUGCUCCUGUGGUGCCAAGAGGAUAUUUGAAUUCCAGGUCAUGCCCCAGCUGUUGAACCACCUAAAGGCAGACAGACUGGGCAGAAGUGUGGACUGGGGCGUCCUGGCAGUCUUCACCUGUGCUGAGAGCUGUAGUCUGGGCACUGGCUACACAGAGGAAUUUGUGUGGAAACAGGAUAUAACAGAUACACCUUGAAAAAGGUUACAUUCUUAAAAACGUUCCUUAUGCCUCUGUACCUCACAAUUCCACCUCCAGGACUUUAUCCCAAGGAAGCAGUUACCAAAGACGGAAGUAUGAAAAUGUUGGUUGAUAUACUAUUUACAAUGUCUCUAUAUUACUAAAUGUAUUCUAAUAACAGGGAAUUACAUUUUUGGUAUAUCCAUAAUGAAGGGUGAUAAUAUUAAUGUUACAAACAUACAUUGAUACCAAGUAAGAGGGGUAUAGGGUAUAAAUAAACACCAGGAUAUUAUUAUUGAUGUUCAUGGUAUGUCAACUUUGGAAAUAUUAUGUGUGCACAGAAAUAAAUAUGCUGGAGAGGUGGCUCA